UGAAGCUCGCGGAGUUACUCUGCGGUCUGCAGAAGUUCACGAAAGUUCACGAGAGCGAGGUUCUCACGCGAUACGGAAGCGUUGACUUUUAUCGCCAUCACGUUAAUCUAGCGAGGUCCGUUAGUCGAGAUGAAGUUUGUUGCCCUUAAAGUCAUUUUUAUCCGCCGCUGUUGAUCUUGUUUAGGUGUUUCUGUCAGAUAAGAGUAUGUUCACUUGAAGCACUGUCACGCGAGCCCCAGUGACGAAUCAUUCUUGCCGCCAAAAGCUCGCGCUCCAUUACCUCAGGCAGCGCUUAUUGUUGUAACGUUAUAGUCUCAAACUGAGGAUGAGUGGAAGUGGGACGCGGUCUCUGUUUUUUCUCGAUCUUCCGGACCUGAGGAAUCUAUGUUGUGUAAAUCUGUUCUUUCCGAACAGUUACGAUGAAACAGAAUUGAGAAACAAACAAGUGAAAACCUGCAGGGAGCUUGUUCUCAAGCAUUCAGACAUUGUCGCUUCUCCUGUGUUGGGCCAUUUUGGGGGCAUCACUGUUAUUAUGACUAUUGCAUUUUACAAGCGCGGUAUCAUCCAGGCUUUUGCACAGAAACAUGGUCUACAGCUCAGCCCUUCUCAGAGGGUAUUUCCUGCCAUUCUGCAGACGUGUUUGUCCUAUUCCCUGACGGCUAGACUGACCCCUAAAUGGAACAAAGCAGGCCAUUAUUUAAUAGCAGGAAAAGAUUUCCUCAGUGACUCAGGAAAACUCAGUGCGGUUGUGCUUGAGCUGAGUAUCACUGAGACUCAACUGUGUGUCAUUGUGGAAGCCAACACGGUCAGACUUCCUCCUGCUGUGGAUUUUGAUGUUCCUGCUCCUGUGGUGAAAAACUUCCUCCACACUAAUGAUGCUGUGCUGGAUACAGUCAUGCCAAAUAACUGGUGCCACGUUCUGCCAAGUAUGAAGAAAGGCCAAAUCAUUAGCAUCAGUCGCAGGAUUCCACAGGAAAGCCCUUUCCAGUCUUACAUGGAGUUUGAGAAGCACUGGAACAGCGUGUACGGAUAUCAGCUGCCCUCAGUCAGUGAAGAGGAAGUCGUCUAUUGCAGUGUGUACUUUAAACCGAUAGGUGACAAGCUGUUCACAUAUCCAUUGUGCUGCAUCCGCACUCAAGCAGUGCAGCGCUUUCCUCGAGUGGACCUGCAGGGGGUGCUGGGAACCUUUGUAUCAGAUCUGCAGGCCGGAGUGGAGACUGUGUGUGGUUUUCCAGUGCAGAUGACCUGCAAGCCUUGUUACUUCAGCUAUGAACUGAACAGACCAGACACUCAGUGCUCUGGGCCACUGCCUGCAAACGUGACAGCAGAAAACAACAGCAGAGCUGUACAGAAUCAGCUUCCCAGCAGCUGCCCACGGGACAGUCGGUGUGACUCAACUGGAAAACGGACUGAAAAGAAGAAGGGAUCCAGUUUGGAUUCAACUCUUGUCCGGAAAGGCUGGACGUCCUCCAAUUUGGCAAGUCAGUCCUCUUCCUCUCCCACUAAUGUUCAUUUUACUCACAUCCAGUCACAAUCUGCACUUCCAAGACCACAGCUUGUGCCAGUCUUCAAAAACAAAUCCCACAUCCACCACGGGAACGUGACUGGGAUGCCUGCAGCGAAACGGCAGCAGGGCCUGGAAGGGCAGAAGCUAAUGGCAGUCAUAAGGCCCCUGUCAUCUACUUGUCUGUCAUCAUCUUCCAAACCCCACUACUCCACACCACCAGCCUCUUCUAACCAGUUCUCCGGGCCUCCAGCCCCGGAGCGGAUGACUUUAGCUUUUUCUAAAAGUAAAGAGAAGACCAACAGCGGAGUCGAUGCGAUUAUCCCUCCUCUGCCUUUAGUACAGAUGCAGCCCCACAUCAUGCCUCAGAUCCCCAGCAAUAGAGGAGGAGACACGUUCGAGUCGAAACGAAAGAGGCUCAAACAGAGCAUGCAGGAUGUGGACUUGUAUGCGAUGAGCAACCAGCUCUCUAAGAUCAGCUCGGUGACUCUGCAGGCAUGGUUGAAGGGUCGAGGGAUCAAUGUGCUCUCAAAGGAUAAGAAAGGGGAGCUGGUGUCAAAGGUCAUGAAACGUCUGAGUGAAACUUAGGUGUGUUGGGUUCAGUUACUCGUUUAAAACACACUAUAAAGACUUACUAAGUUUUGUUUGUUCCAUUGACGAACUCUGUUGACAGUUCAAUGUGUUUGCCACAACUUUUUUGCACAUGACAUUUUGUUUCAGCCAUUUUUUUUUCAAGCAAGACCUUGUAAGCUAAAAUCUGUUGUUUAACCGAAUCCAGAGUUUGGAAAGUGAUAGAUAAAAGAAAAAAAACUGUUUUUCUUUGGAUUCUGUUACUAGCUUAAAAACACACACUGUAGAGACUUUUAGUUUUUUCCAUUGACAAACUCUGUUCAAUGCAUUUGCCAUUAAUUACACAAUAUUCCUUGAACUUGAGAUUUGGUUUCAGGAUUUUUU